AUGGCGGGCAAGGAGGACGAACUGACUAAGGGAACAGACGGCUCUUCAAUUAGGCCCGUCUCCUCUCUCCUGUCGCAUUUUGAGGCUCUCAAGAAUACCAGAGGCUCGAGCGAAGCAGUACCAUCACCACAAGAUAACAGGUCGAAAUUCCUACACCAGAAUACUGCGCAUUUAGGUAGUGUUGGAAGAGUUUCUCUGGAUCUACCUAGGCCGCAGUCGUCAUGGAGCAGCACCUCAGGAGCCAGUAAUGGAGAGAGACCGGUGACACCUCGAAAUCCUGGAGUUCCUCUUCCUCGAUCUGCAUCACCAUCCAGGAAAGUACACAAACGUCCAAUGUCUAUGAACUUUGGGUCAACGCCGCAGCUCACUCCGUCUGUGACAAUCAACUCUCCGAAGUCACCACCAAGAACGAAUCCUGUCUCUAGAAAUGGAUCAAGAUCUCCUGAACGUUUACUUGCUACAGUCGCUCCAGGAAGGAUAUCUAAGUUCAACACUUUGCCCGCUCAGCCACCGCUUCCAUCGGUGACGCAAAGGUCUGCAGCCAACAGUGCUGAAGUGCAGUCUCAAGAUUCAUCACACGUGCCAGGUGUGCUUACCUCUCACCACUUUCCUGCUCGGACUUCUUCAAUUGCACCAGCAGUGAAUCGAGCAGAAAAACCGAAAAUUCCAGCCAAACCUAAGUCACCUCCAGAACACGAAAGUAGACGACUGACCCCUGAACCGAUCGAAAAGCCGGACAAAAGUGUCUCCCCUUUCAGUACUCCGCCGAGCAGCGAGGGAAGUCCUUCACCAGGACGUUCGACCUUUACGGCGCCCCAACCUCCCUCACCUGAGGCGGUAAGGACAAAGUUCGAGGCUCACACUCGUGGAAAAGGAUCGGAGGCGUUCUCCCCCCAAUCAAGAGAGACCAAUAGAGAUCCACGCUUGAUGGGGUUUUCAAGUCCAACCGGAAGCAUUGAGCCUCGCGACCCAAGGUCUCUCGGCUUCAGUACGAAUGCCUCAACAUCGAUGGCCAGGACUCAUGAGAACGUACCUGCACGUGCGAGUACCGUCUCAGAACGUUCCUCGCACAAGAUCACUGGGAGCAUAGAUGCACGACACCUGGCAUCAUCGCAGCAGAAGCCCGCGCAACGACAUGUGUCAGAGCAGGCUAGAACCCUACCUCCACCAGCGAUCCCCAAAAUUUCUUCUGGAUUCAGUGGUGUGCAGCGCGAUCCGAGCCAGUUUGGGACGUCAAAAAACCGCUCUACCGAGCCGCAAGCUGAAAACGCCGCUCCCAGGGCUCCUCCGCUACCGCCUACCGAGUGGUCCAGAACGCAAGCAACCAGCCACGACCCUCUACCGCCGCCUCAAUCAUUCGAUCGAUCCAGAAAACCUGCUCCUCAAGCCAGGAAAUCAUCGGUGCCAUCAGUGGCUGGUCGUACCGAAUUCCCGCCUCCUCCAAGGAGGACCACUUUUGAGGGAAGCACAACUCAAGACCAAACCUUUGCAAAGCAAAACAUAGAUAGUAACCAUAAAUCUAAGUUCACACAAAGACAUUAUGCGGAUGAUUCGGACGAGGCGCAAGAGUAUGAGCAGGAUCUGCCCAUUACUCGAUCGGAAUAUCCCGACUCAAGUCAGGCAAAUCGCCGCCCGCCGCAAUUUCACCAAGGAGCGCAAGAGAUACCUACGAAGUUCGAUUCGAGGGUCUUUGACAUGUGUGGCCAAUACAUCUGCACAACUGGUUAUGUGACCAGAGCAUGGGACUUGUCUCGAGGUGAACAAAUUUUUAGCCUGAGCCAUGGUGAGACUGUCAAGAUGACAUCCAUUACUUUCAAACCUGGACAGAACCCUGAAGACGAAGGUGCUCGUCUCUGGAUCGGAAGCAAUAUUGGUGAGCUGCACGAGAUUGAUGUUGCCACACGAGCGGUUGUUGCUACGAGCGCCGUACACAACCGACGCGAGGUCAUUCGGAUACUCCGGAACAGGAAAGACUUGUGGACGUUAGAUGACGAAGGCAAGCUCUUUGUAUGGUGCGCAGAAGAAUUUCGCAUGCCCAGCCUGAAACAUAGCCAUCAUGCACAUCGUGUACCCAAAGGACAUACCUUUUCUAUGACCGUGCAGGACAUGCUGUGGUACGCCAUUGGCAAGGAGAUCAGAAUCUUCAGACCUGGCCACGAUAGUUCGUUUUCCAUUUUGCAGCAGCCUCUUUGUCAAGCCGGGACUGGAGACAUCACCUCCGGUGCAUACACUUGUCGCCAAGAUGGCCGUGUGUAUCUUGGACAUGCCGAUGGAAAGGUCAGCAUCUACAAGGCCAAAGAUUAUGCAUGUGUUGGUGUUAUCAAGGUCAGUGACUACAAGAUCAGCGCUAUUGCUUUUGUAGGAGAGAACCUAUGGACAGCGUAUAAGACCGGUAAAAUUUAUGUCUACGACACUUCGUGUAAUCCGUGGAAAGUGAAGAAAGAUUGGCGAGCGCAUGAUGGUCCGACUGUGUCAAUGCUGCUUGAUCCCAGCAGUAUAUGGACGCUCAAUCGACUGCAGGUUGCUUCAAUUGGUCACGACAAUUGUAUUCGAUUGUGGGAUGGCAUGCUCGAGGAGGAUUGGUUGGAAGCAGCGAUGCAGCGCAAUGAUUUGAAAUAUUGCACUUUUCGAGAAAUCAGAGCCGCAGUUGUGACCUGGAACGUUGGUGCUUGCAACCCUUCCGACAUCCGUAGCGAUUUCAUUUCUGAUGCCAUCCACGUCGACGAUCCGCCCGAACUCCUAGUCUUCGGCUUCCAGGAGAUAGUCGAUUUGGAAGAUAGGGCUGUUACCGCAAAGAGUAUCUUUGGGUUUGGAAAGAAAAAGGACAAAGAGAAUGCAAAGUCCGAACAGCACGUCAGUCGAGUGUAUCGUGAAUGGCGAGAUUAUCUGGGAAAGUGUAUCAAUCGAUACACAGGUCCCCGAUACUCUUAUACCGAAGUACACACGUCUUGCCUCAUCGGACUGUUUCAAUGUAUCUUUGUACGUCAAAAAGAGGAGAACAACAUUCGGAACGUGAACUUCAGUGAGGUAAAAUGUGGGAUGAAAGGCCAUUAUGGCAACAAGGGAGCACUCAUCACACGGUUCAUGUUUGAUGAUAGCUCGCUGUGCUUCAUCAAUUGUCAUCUCGCCGCAGGUCAAACGCAGACUUCUCAUCGAAACAAUGACAUUGCAACCAUACUUGAAGCAGAGUCUUUACCUGCCGAACGAAAUCCAGAUACGCGAGCUUCAUUCUACGUUGGAGGAGGCGAUGGGACCCAAAUUCUUGACCACGAAAUCUGCAUCCUGAAUGGUGAUCUCAACUAUCGAAUUGACGCGAUCCCACGAGAUAAUGUCAUCAACAUGGUCAAUAAAGGCGAGCUUGAAAAGUUGCUUGAAAGAGAUCAGAUCAUGUUGUCAAGGCGGAGAGUGUCUGGCUUCCGACUGAGUCCAUUUGUUGAGGCACCCAUCACGUUUGCACCGACUUACAAAUAUGAUGUCGGCAGCGAUACAUAUGAUUCUAGCGAGAAGAAACGGUCACCAGCAUGGUGCGACCGAAUACUAUAUCGAGGCGUCGGACGUAUCAAACAGACUGAGUAUAGAAGGCAUGAAAUACGUGUCAGCGACCACAGACCCGUCAGUGGGACUUUUAAAAUUCGACUGAAGACCAUUGAUCCAGACAAACAAGAGCAGACCUGGGCGGAGUGCCGUGAGCAAUUUAGCGAAGUUCGGCGUAAACUUACCUCUGAAGCUAGCAUUGAAUAUCUGGUCAGCACUCUGGGGUUGACGCCGAAACAAGCUCGAGCUGCCAUUACCGGGACCCAGUAG